ACCGAAAAAGAGAGACGUCUUGACGUAUAAAAACACUGCCGAGGCAGCGAGAACGCUCGCAUCGCGCACGGGAAGGAGCGACAAAGAGCACUGCACUGCACAGCUGCACACGCCGCCGCAGCGAAGGAGCGACAGCCAGCACUGCGUUGCACAAGGCGCACACGACGCCGCAGCGAUCCGCGAUGGCCACCGCACCCCCGAAGAAGCGCAAAGCCAAGGCCCCGCCGCCCGCCGGCUACGUCUGCAAGCUCUGCAAGGAGCCCGGCCACUGGGUCUACGAGUGCUCGCAGUGCGUCAAGAAGCCGAAGGUCGCCAAGGCGCCGCCGAAGCCGAACCCCUGCGUCUCCACGGAAGAGGCGCGCAUCAAGUGCCACUGCGGCCUGCGGGCCAUGAAGCGGCGGUCCUGGAAGGCCGACGCCGCGGCCCCCGAGCAGCGCUGGGUCUGCGCCCGCCUCAAGAAGCACAAAAUUAAAAGAGGCGACCAGAAUUUGAAGCCGUGCAAGUUCAACGUCGCCGUCGCGACGGCCGUGCCCUCUUCAGCACCACCGGCGAAGAAGCGCGUGAACACGCGGUACCUCCAGCGCGACCGGCGGCGGAAGCUGAAGCGCAAGGUUUUUGUGUCUGGCAUGCCCUUCAAGGCCAAGGCCGCCGAGUUUUUGGUUGAGUUCUUCCAGUCGCACAACGUCGCGCCGCCGGCGCGCGUCGCAGCGCUCGAAAAGGGCGGCCGGAAGACGGGCCAGGCCUACGCGACGUUUGAAACUACCGAAGCGGCCGACGCGGCGGUCGCGCUGUCGGGGACAAAGCUCGACGACGGCGCCCGCUGGCUGGAAAUCAAGCGCGUCGCCGAGAAGCCGCCGGCGAAGGACGCGACGACCGGCGACGGCGGCGACGACGACUCAUCGAGCGACGACGACUCGUCGAGCAGCGAUGGCGACUCGUCGAGCAGCGACGACGACGCCGCCGCGCCGGCGGCCGCCGCUGCCUCGAGCUCGGACGACUCGUCGUCGUCUUCGUCCAACGGCUAAAAAUGUGUGCUUUC